AUGUUUAGUUGGUUUUUCCGUAAAAGUACUCCAGUUGAAUUAAGAACGGCAUUUGUAGAUGACCAUACUUGGGUUGCAGAAUUGAACUCAGGUGAUCAACUUCAAACCAUUAAAGAAUUGUUUGCGUCUACGUUUGAUUCAGAUAAUUUUGUUGUUAUUGAUGAAGAAAAGUCAGUUACUGCUGUUUUGAGUGGAGAUGAAAGAUAUCAAUGCACAUUAACAUUUGGAUACAAUGGAGAUAACAGAAGAAUUGCAGUAAUUUCAUACAUUGAUUCAGAAGACGAAGAUAUUGUUAAACCAACCAUUAAUGCUUUUGCAUUAGAAAUGGAGAAUUAUUCAUUAUUAUUUGAACAACCAAUUAAAGAACAAAAGCCAAUUGAAAAUUGUAUGGUUCCAAUGAAAGAAGUUAUUUAUGAAAGAGAUGUUAUUAUUGAUGAAGAUGGAAAUUCAAUAAGUGUAAUGUUAAGAGAGAAUGUUGAUCUGAAGAAGAUGCUCAGUAAAAUAGGAAAAUUGGCUAAAGAUAAGUAUCUUCUUGAAGCCAAAACUGAUAAUGGUAAAUUAGAAUUUCAUGAAAAAGGAAAUGAAGCGUUUAGAAUUGUUGUCCAAGUUGGUAGAAAUAAUGAUAAACAACGUGUUAUGGCAUUAACUGCAAGUGAAAAGAGAGUGUAUUGGAAAGAAUUUACUGAAGCAGUUGUGAGUUUAUUAAUGAAAGGAAAAUGUCUUAGCAGUUAUGCGGUUACUGCUACACUAAGAAAGAAUUUAAGUAAUACUGCUAAAUCUAUUACUACUACUGAAGACAAACAAUCAAAAGAAGAAAAGAAAGAAGAGGAUCAUAUUAGUAUUGAAACAUCCCCAAAAGAAGAAGCAAAAAAUGAACAGAAAGAAGAAGUAAAACAAGAAAAGAAAGAAGAAGUUCAAAUUCCCAUUGAGCAGAAAUAA